UUUCUGCAGGCUUCCAAACAUCCUUUUGUAACAGGGGAACCUUUCACAUGUCCCUAUAAACCUCCUCCUGAGACCCCUCGCAUGCCUGUCACUCAAAAUAUUAAAGUGGACCAUCACCCAGGUGGAGGGCACUGGUUUGCUGCUGGUCUCUCUCCUAAUAUUCCAGGCAGGAAUAGAGUUUCUCUUCAUAACAGCCCACAUUUUCACAUGGUGCCAUACACACAUGCUAAUAGUUAUGGCAGUGUAGGAAGCCAUGGUAGCUACAAUGAUGGCACUGGGCUUGGUAGCAGCUAUGGGAGUUAUGGAGAUAGUAGCAAUAUGUUUGCAUACUACUCACCGGUUGGUCAUUCUGGGAUGAAUAUGCAUGCACAGGGUGGUAUGUCAAUGCUUGGAAGUAGCCCUGAUGCCAGAAGGAGAAUUAUGCAGUAUUCACAUGGAAGUGGACUUGGUAUGUCUCCAUCAGCAGGAAAUUUUGCUCCACUUCCCCUUGGCACUAGUCCCUCACAAUUCACUCCACCAAGCUCCUAUGGUCAAGUCUCAGGUGGUUCUCCAGGGCAUUAUGGCCCACCUUCUCCAGCAAGAAGCAGUUGUCAUGGAUCGCCUUUGGGAAAGAUGGCUGCUGUUAGCCAGUUUAACAGAAGAAAAAGUUGGGGAUAUCCCGGAAGUUCUCAAUCUCAAGAUAAUUCUUCGUCUUCGCAUUGGCAAGGACAAUCUCUUGAUGGUAACCCUAACCAAACCGAGGGAAAUUCUCAAGUAAUAAUUGGAUCACCAUCACGUUUCCAGUCAAAUUCUAGCUCCACAAGCUGGAAGCAGCAGCAAGGAGGCAGCGGAAAUACUGCUGGGUACCCCAGUACUCACAAUAUGCCCAAUUCCUUGUCACUUGGUACAAAUUUACAAUUCCCUCCUAGCAAGGGAGUGGGUCAUGAAAAUCCUGAGGCUGGCUUGUCGAUGCCUGACCCUGGAGAUUGGGAUCCCAACUACAGUGAUGAACUUCUGCUGCAAGAAGAUGGCUCAGACGAGAGUUCGUUAGCCACUGAACUUGGCAAAAGUAUGCAUCUUGGUUCAGCGGAGCCACUGGUCAGUGUUGGAAGAUUUAGCCAUGCCUCAAACACAUGUCGGAAUCUACCUAUCCAGAGGUAGGUCGUACAUUCUGUU